AUGGCCAGAAAGACCACCGAUGACGCCGAGGGGGGUGUCGUCCAAGAGGUCGACGACGGCAAUGAAUUUGACCCGCCCGCCGUGAAGGCCCUUGUGUGGAAACAAGAUCUGCGCAUCGUACCGCUGUCAGCAUUUAUUUACUUGCUGUGUUACUUGGAUCGAUCGAAUAUUGGAAAUGCCAAAGUGUUAAAUGCAAAUACAGGCGAUGAUCUAUUGUCGGACACGCAUAUGACAAAUUAUCAGUAUACGAUCGCAUUAAUGGUACCGUCCAACUACCUCUUGAAAAAGCUGAAACCAAGUCGAUGGAUCGCCUUUCUCAUGCUAUCCUGGGGCGCAAUCACUAUGGGUCUGGGCGGCUCCAACAACUUUGCACAAGUUACCGGUAUUAGAUUCUUGCUCGGCGUCAUCGAAGCCGGCCUCUUCCCCGGUCUGGUCUUCUAUCUUACCUUUUGGUACCGAGUAUCUGAACGAUCGAUUCGAGUGGCAUUAAUUCUUGCAUCUGCAACUCUCGCCGGCGCAUUUGGUGGUGCAAUCGCGUACGGAGUUGGAUACAUGAAUCAAUCCCAUGGACUCUCUGCGUGGCGCUGGCUGUUUAUUAUUGAAGGGGCUCCAUCGUGUGCUUCGGCAAUUCUUGUUUUCUUUUUUCUACCCGAUUACCCAGAAACCACUAAAUGGCUAAAUGCAGAUGAGAAGGCACUUGCACGGCGUCGACUAGAGCUAGAGGGCUCUAAAGGAAACGCCGAAGCGAUGACAUGGGCCGAUGCAAAGAGUGUCUUGACUGACUGGCGAUUAUAUGGACAUUAUGCAGUUUACUUUGGCAUCUCGACACCUUUCUCGAGUCUAUCACUUUUUACUCCAUCCAUAACGGCCGGGCUAGGUUACAAAAAUCUGGAAGCACAGCUUAUGACUGUGCCACCAUAUGCGGUGGCUUAUGUCGUAACCGUCGCAGUCGCAGGAUCGGCAGACUAUUUCAAUGCGCGUGGCAUUCACUCAGCAAUAUUUUCUUUCGUUGGCGCAAUGGGUUUCCUUGCUUCUGCCGUCCUCCCAGCCGACGCAUACCUGCACCGUUACGGCUGCCUCAUUGUCGCCGCAAGCGGAGCUUUCUCGUGUAUUCCACCGCUGCUGGGCUGGCUAUCGUCCAACCUUAACACUACUGCAGCCGCUGGCCUUGCUAUCGCCCUGAAUAUCUCCUUCGGCGCGCCUGGACAGAUCGCCGGUGUAUGGAUCUACAAAGCGAACGAAGCAGAAAAAGGAUAUCCCACCGGCCAUUGGACAAACGCAGCCUUGCUGCUAUUUGUCUCCGUGGGCUGUAUACUGUUGCAAAUUUAUUACAUUUUUGUAAACCGAAGAAGAAGACAUUUUGGAGCGAAGUUGUAUGCAUAUUAG